CCGGCACUCUAUUUGCACAGACAGGCACCCAGCGGACCCCCCUUUGGGGCCUUGGCCCAUCUCGCACACCCGUCGCGAGACGAGCCGGCCGUGGUUGCACUCGCCACGGCCAGGUUACAAGGCUCUUUGGCCGACCAUCUGCCCGCUGGAGCGCGUGCGACGUUGCGCGCCGGGUGUGUGCAGUGCACGCGCCCGGAUGGCUAGGUACCCGUCCACCUCUCCCGCAACCACCCACGCAGCUUGUUUUGAGGAUCCCGCCGCACGUGCUGGAGGGGUAAAGCUGUGAGGAACCCACGAUGCACACACUAGCCAGGUCCUCCAUGCUACAAAACAAAGGACUACCAGGCCAAGGCACCAGGCCGACGUCAGCCUUGGUUCCCGUAGCGUCGUUGUCGCCCAACGCCGUUCCUUCGAUUGCAAUCCAUCGCGUCCUGCGGCUUGCCGGCCCCGCGAUAUCAUCUAUCACAUUCAUUGCCCAUCUAGGCCGCGUCCCGGUACCGGAGCGUGACCGGUCACCCUCAACGCUUCUACUACAUACGUACAAAGUCGUCGCCGGCCCCAGGCCCGACGGUCUUUUUUUCCUCGCAUUACCCCUGGCGGCUACAGGCGAUUCGCUGGCCGGUGGCCGUUGGCGAGGCAGGAACGUCUCGACUGAGGUCGUAGUAUGCAGCCAUCGGCCUAAUUCGAGUCGCGCCCCUGCUUGCUGCCAGCAGAUCUCGUCGCGGAAGCGCAGGGGUCGCGGACCGGAGGAUGCGCUUGGAGGAAUGUCUUGUCUUUUUCAUCAGGUUCGUGUUGACACGUUUGCUCGAUCCGGGCGCGGCGGGCAGCUCGUUUGGGUAAUGGGAUUGCGUUUCCGGAUUACCUAACUAUGGCGUGAGGAGCAGCGAUUCUAGAAUGAGAGGACUCGCUGCCACAGUCUGUCGCGCAUCGGGAUCGCCAUUGGCGGUCGCGGUGGCCGGGCGCUUCCGGGCAAGCUCUGGGCUCGGACAACUUUCCGCAUCUCCAGACUUGGCGACAGCUGGCAUCGGAGAUAAGUGCGCCUUGGCGAUGGUGGCGGCGAGGCUCCUUCGAUAAUCGAUAAGGCCUGGAUGGUGCAGAGGGAAGGAGGGCAUCCAUCACGGGCAUCUAU